AUGGGAUACAUGGACAGUCAUGACGAUAAUGAUGAAGAUGACUAUAUGAUAGACGAAAACAACAACCAAGACGACACCGACAACACCACUGAAAAUGGUGUCAUAUUACAUACUAGCAAUAAUAGUAAUAGUAGUAAUAGUAGUAAUUUAGAAGAUGAUGAAGAAGAAAUAUAUAAUAAUAAUAAUAAUAACUAUGACGAUGAAGAAGAGGAGGAUGAAUCAAGUAGUAGUAAUUUAAUACAAAAGAGUAAUAAUAGUAAUAAUAAUAUUAAAAAUGAAACUGUCGAGAAGGAAGUAACACAUGUAUUUACAGAUCAUAAUCAUAAACAUAAUAGUAGUAAUAAUAGAAAUAGUAAUAAUAAUAAUAAUAAUAAUAAUAAUAUAAUACAUAGUAAACAACAACAACCAGUAGAAUUAAUAGUUGCAUCAUCACCAUCUUUGAUGGUAACUGUACCUCCACCUUCACCUAAACUUAUAUCUCCACUUCCUUCUUCUUCAUCUACUUCUUCUUCUAAUGUUAACAGCCAAGCAACAUCACCAACAAAGAUGGUACGAUUUAAAAAAGAAAUGAGAAUGCUUAGUGGUAGUGGAAAUGUAACAAAGAUGGAGAUGGAGAGUGAAGAGGAUGCGUCAUUGUCGUCGUCGUCAAUGUCAGUGUCUAGUUUGGACGAGAAUGACUUUUUAGAUUCACAACAAGACCCCUCUUUACGAAUGGCAAAUCUCGACCCCUAUGAACGAAUAUUAAACUAUUGCAACAAAUUAAGAGUCGAUGCUCAAAUAUACAAGAGAGAGUUGACUCUGACCAUAUCCUAUCUACUUUGUUUUGUGUCACUUGGUAUUAGUGUUGGUAGUCUUGGUCCGACACUACUCAGUCUAUCAACCAAUACUCACAGUACAUUGGAUCAGGUCGGUUACUUUUUCAGUGCAAGAGGACUUGGCUACUUUUUCGGUAGUUUUAGUGGCCGUUUCUAUGACCGUGUUCCAAACGGUAAUUUAAUAUGUGGACUUGCCACAAUAUUAAUGGCUGUUGCUUUAUUUUUAAUUCCAUUAUCUCAUAAUAUUUGGUUGACAGGAAUAAUAUUCUUUUUUGAAGGUGGAUUUGCUGGAUUAAUCGAUUCAGGUUUAAAUACAAUGAUUGUUUGGGUUUGGCAAGACAAGGUUAAUCCAUUUAUGCAAUUAUUACAUUUUGCAUUUGGUGUUGGAGCAUUAUUGGCACCAUUUUUAGUUAGUUUUAUGAUAAAUUCAUCAUUGUUUACACAGUAUUUGGUAUUGUCGAUUAUCAUGUUUGCAGCAGGUGUGCCAAUAUUUUUCUUGCCACCUGUCAAACCAGACAUUGUAGCAAACGAUCAAGAAUCACAAGAGGUAGUUUCAACGAGUGAAAAGAGAUUACGUCUCGAGGUUAUUAUAGCUGUGUCUAUAUUCCUCUUUUUCUAUGUUGGUGCAGAGGCUGGUUAUGGUGGUUGGAUCUACACCUACUCUAAAUUAAAUCUCAAUUUCGAGGAUCAAUCAGCUGCUCUUUUAAAUUCACUCUUUUGGACAAGUUUUACUAUUAGUAGAUUAGUUGGUGUUUUUGUUUCAAUGGUUUUAACUCCUCAUCAAAUGGUAAUGAUGGAUAUUGGUGGAUGUUUAUUUUUCUCUAUAUUAUUGGUAUUAUUUAAAAGUUCAUCAGUUAUUUUAAUUAUAUCGACUGCUGGAUUGGGUAUUUCAUUGGCAUCUAUUUUCCCAACUUGUUUCUCUUUGCCUCGAAACUUGAAUAUGCCAGUGAGUGGUGAAUCAACUUCAUUCAUGGUGAUUGGUGCUGUGGGUGGAGAAAUUACCAUUCCUUGGGUGAUUGGUCUUUGUCAACAUCAUAUAAGCAUGCAUUCUUUGCCUUGGAUUGUUAUCAUUACAUUGGUUGUAUCAUCAUUUAUCUAUGUUGGUAUUGUGGUCAGAGCUAAAAUGGUCAGAGCAAGUGAGCGAGGUGAACAAUUGGAAUUGAAUUUAAAGUUAUUAAAUAUUGUAGAUUUAAAAUCACCUCCAAUUUUUAAAGAUCAACAAACAGAUUAA